AUGCCGGCAAGCGACCGUUUGGACAGUGUGUUUGCGGCGCUCCUGGCUCGCCGGGAGGCCAAGAGCCAGCUCCGGCGCCUGACCCUCGUCCCGGCCGGCAGCGCCGACUUCUCGUCCAACGCGUACCUUUCCCUCUCGACCCACCCGGAGGUCCAGCGCGGGUAUCUCACCCGGAUCCAGGCCCACCUCAAUCCGAUUGAUGGUCCUGAGGACGGAAACACCCCGGCUCUCCUCGGCUCUGGUGGUUCACGCCUCUUGGACGGCAAUGUAUCGCUUGCAGAGUCUCUCGAAAGAGACAUUGCGGCUUUUCAUGGUGGACAGGCUGGGCUACUCUUCAACUCGGGGUUUGAUGCAAAUUUUGGGCUUUUCAGUUGCGUCCCUCAGCACGGCGACAUCAUCGUCUACGAUGAGUUGAUUCACGCCAGCGUCCACGAUGGGAUGAAGAUGAGUCGAGCUGGAAAGAAGAUCGCCUUCGCCCACAAUACGGUUAAUCCGAUCGAGAACGCAAAUGGAGACCGGUUGUGGGACGAGACAGCAAGAGGCCAAAGCCCGAGUCGAAGCUUGAGCGAGGUUCUGUCUGAAUUGACUCGCGGUGAAGAAGGCAAGGCUGUGAGAGAGGGCACAAAGAACGUCUUCAUCGCCGUGGAGGGUAUCUACAGCAUGGAUGGAGACGUGGCGCCUUUGAAAGAAAUAGUAGAGUGUGUUGAAAGACAGCUUCCGCACGGGAACGGCCUGAUCAUCGUCGACGAGGCCCACUCAACGGGCAUAUUGGGUGAUAGGGGCCGCGGACUUGUCUGUGACUUAGGCUUGGAGGAUCGGGUUUGGGGACGAGUUCACACAUUCGGCAAGGCGAUGAGUUGCGCCGGAGCCAUCGUUCUCUGCUCUCAGAUUACAAGAUCGUAUUUGAUCAACUACGCCCGCAGUCUCAUCUACACCACGGCCAUGCCAUUCACAGCACUCGCCAGCAUACAAACGGCUUACAACUUUAUCAUGGACGGCCGCUCUGAGCCCCUACUCCGCCAUUUGUGGUCACUCAUUGACCGCACACAUCAGCUUCUCCAAGAGCUUUGCAGCCAAUAUCAACCAGAAGCAGGCCUUCUCUAUCUCUCUUCAGAGAAGCCAAAGUCACCAAUAAUACCGCUAUUCACGUCCAACCCUAGAGGUCUGGCACUGCACUGCCAGCAGCGGGGCUUCAUGGUCCGGCCCAUCGUCGCACCCACAGUUCCAGCAGGAAGCGAGAGAGUGAGAAUCUGCAUCCAUGGAGGAAAUACCAUUCAGCAGGUCGAGGGAUUGGUAUCGACUAUAGAACGCUGGCUCGUUACCCAGAUCAAACAGCCCGACAACAAAACCAAGAGUGGCAUCGAGACUACAGCAAUGGAGUUGAAGUCAAGAUUAUGA